AUGUCACAAUAUCAAGAUACAUCUGCUUCUAAAAAUACUAAGUCUACUCCAAAGUUUAGUGUUCCUCCCAUGGACGUCCCUGAUGAUGAGAUUCUAGAUGUUUCUUCUCUCUCUGUUAUUCCCUCCGCGGACAUUGAUUUGAACCAACCCAUCUCCAUUGAUGCCUCUGCUUCUGCUUGUUCCAAUCAAGGUAAUCCCUCUAGUAUUCCGUCUGGUUCAACUCCUGUCACUAAGUAUAAGGAAGGAACACAUUAUACUGAUCGUGUUAUAAGAUACCUAGUUACUAGAAUUCGUAAUGAAGGCCACUCUGUUAAGGGGGUUUCUACUCCCCUUGCUCAAAUAUAUCCCCCUCCUAAGGUUGAACAACCUAGUGGCAAGGGUGAUGAUUCCUCCAGUUCUGAAAAGGCCUUGGCUGUUGAAGGGUUGCGCUCUCUAGGGCAAACCGUGUCUGACAAAGGGAAAUUUGUGGCCUCUAACACGGCUAAUGCUUCCCACUCUAAGAAGUAUGAUGCUGCAAAUGUUGUGAUUGAUCUAGAGGAUAGUAGCUCUGAUGAUCAAGAGGAAAGCUUGAUACAUUACAUAAAGCCAAGUGUGGUUAAACGCAUGAAGACUCGCAAAGGAAAAUAUAUGGAUGAACUUAUGGUUGAAAUUAAGAAGAGGAAGAUCAGAGAUGAUUCUGAGCCUGAAGAGGAUGUUGAGGAAGAUGUCCCUGACAUCUCGCCUGUACAGAAAACUACUGUUAGGAAGUCUCUUGUUAAAGUACUUGUUGUUCAUUUGGAUAACAUCUCCUUCCAUCUUGAGGAUGGAGCUGCUAAGUGGAAAUUUGUGAUUCAGAGAAGGGUAGUUGUGGAAAGGGAAUUGGGAAAAGAUGUUGCUGAUGUCAAGGAGGUCAUGGACCUGAUACAAGCUGAUGGGCUUUUGAAGACUGUUGUUGGGUUCUCUCAAUGCUAUGAAGGUUUAGUCAAGGAAUUUAUUGUUAAUAUUCCUGAGGAUAUUUUUGAUAAGAACAGCAAGGAGUUCUGCAAGGUGUAUGUGAGGGGUAAGUGUAUAACAUUCUCUCCUACUGUUAUUAAUAAUUUUCUAGGCAUAAAUAAUGAGGGUGCAGGAGAAUUAGAGCUUCCUGUUGGGAAGUUGGCUAUCAAGUAUGCUAUCCUGCAUAAAAUAGGAGCUGCUAACUGGGUCUCUGCCAACCAUAUCUCCACCAUUGCUAAUACUCUUGGGAGGUUUAUUUUUGCUGUUGGGACAAAAGUGAAAUUUGACUAUGGUAGAUAUAUGUUUGAUCAAAUCAUCAAGCAUGCAACUACUGAUGCAGUUAAACUGCCAAUUGCUUUUCCCUCUAUGAUCUAUGGAAUUAUCUUGAACCAACAUCCUGGUAUUCUGUGCUCAAAUGAUUUACCUAGUAGGAGAAAACCAGCUCUGUCUAUGCACUACAAACUCUUUGAAGGCAAUCAUGUCGAGGAUAUUGUCAUGGCAUCUUCCAUGAGGAGGACAGUCUCAAAAGUUGGAGCAAUUGUUGAGCUUAAGGAGACAUGCAAAGAUCUAGGUGAAGGGAUUAGGGUAGCCACAGCUAGAAAACAAUCUUUGGAAACCUUGAUUAAAAGCUUGGAGCAGGCUGAGGGUGAAAAUGUUGAACAUGUUAAUGUCACCCAUGAAGAAGAAGCUGAAGCCCACACCUCUAGUGAGAGGUCUGCUAACAAUGAUGAUGUGAGUGGCAAUUCUGCUUCUUGUGCUGCUGAAGAGACUGCAAACUCAAGCUCUAAUGAGUAG